GUUUCCUAGCAUCCAAUUUUCUAUAUGAACCCAUCAAAAAAAAAAAAAAAAAUUCUCUAUAUGAAAAAAAUCCUUUUGUAACUAAACUAUCCAAUGUUCCGAAUUUUUUCAAUUGAUGUUGCGAUGGCAUUGAUAUUUGGAAUAGGAUAUGCAGGCAUCAUUUUUGAAGAAUCUUUUGCUUUCAAUAAAAGUGGAGUGGGAUUACUGAUGGCCGUGAGCUUAUGGGCAGUGCGCAGCAUUGGGGCUCCUUCAACUGAUAUAGCUGUUUCAGAGCUAACGAAUGCAUCUGCAGAAGUCGGUGAAAUAGUAUUUUUCUUGCUUGGUGCAAUGACCAUUGUGGAGAUAAUUGAUGCUCAUCAAGGUUUUAAUCUGGUUACCGACAAUAUAACCACCCGAAAGCCACGGACUCUCCUCUGGGCAAUUGGUUUGGUGACUUUUUUCCUUAGUUCGGUCCUUGAUAACAUGACGUGUACCAUUGCCAUGGUUUCUUUAUUGAGGAAACUAUUACCUCCAUCAGAAUUUCGCAAGCUUCUGGGAGCUGUUGUUGUGAUAGCAGCAAAUGCAGGUGGUGCAUGGACUCCCAUAGGUGAUGUUACCACUACUAUGCUGUGGAUACACGGUCAGAUAUCAACUUUGCAGACAAUGAAGGACUUAUUUGUACCUUCAGCUGUUUCUCUAGCUGUCCCACUGGCUCUUAUGUCCCUGACUAGUGAAGUUAAUGGAUACGGACAGGACUCUUCCAAUGUUAUGGCAUCCGAACAGAUGGCUCCCCAAGGACUGCUUGUUUUUUUUGUAGGUAUUGGAGCUUUGAUUUUUGUUCCAGUGUUCAAGGCCCUAACCGGUUUGCCUCCUUUUAUGGGUAUCCUGCUUGGACUUGGAGUUCUUUGGAUUCUAACUGAUGCUAUCCACUAUGGUGAAUCUGAAAAGCAGAAGUUAAAAGUGCCACAAGCUUUAUCACGGAUUGACACUCAAGGAGUUCUUUUCUUCCUUGGAAUACUUUUGUCUGUUAGCAGCCUUGAGGCUGCAGGGAUUCUUCGGGAAUUGGCGAAUUUCCUUGACGCUCACAUUCCUAGUAGUGAAGUGAUUGCCUGUGUAAUAGGAGUCGUAUCAGCAAUUAUAGAUAAUGUUCCACUGGUUGCAGCAACGAUGGGGAUGUAUGACCUCACCUCCUUCCCCCAGGAUUCUCAGUUUUGGCAGUUGAUUUCAUAUUGUGCUGGCACCGGUGGAUCCAUGUUAGUUAUUGGCUCGGCAGCUGGAGUAGCAUUCAUGGGAAUGGAAAAGGUGGACUUCUUUUGGUACUUACGGAAGGUGAGUGGUUUUGCUUUUGCAGGUUAUGUUGCUGGUAUUGCUGCCUAUCUAGCGAUACAUAAUCUCCCCAUCUCCCUAUCUACAACUGUAGCUCAGGUUCCUUUCCUUUCUGGUUCAUAAACUAUAGAGAGCUUUUGCUUGGAUGUUUCCCUGGCUUCAAACAAGGCAGUAAAGAAAUGUUGCAAUUCACAUUAGUCUAGUGAAGAUUGAGAGCACCUGGUUGUUCGGAAUGUGGACAUGGUUUUUUGAGAUAUUGGAAGUCAAAGGAAGACCAGAGGAAAAGAUAGGUUGAGAUUAUUUUGAACAUAGGUCAGUCAGAUUCACAAUAUGAUGAAUUCAGUGAGAAAUGUAAUAAUAUGCUUUAUAUCCAACGAGUCUUACUUUCAAGGUUAGAAUGAUUGGGGUAAUAUCAAUGUUUCAGUUUCCACUCCUUUAUAACAAAUUAACAAUAGACAAUUGCGAAGUACACAUCUUUGAAUAUAGUGAUGUAUUUGCAAGGAGUUUAACU